CUUUAGCUGCCUUUAAAGGAGGGUUAUAAUAAAAUAUGGAUUUAUUAUGAAUCAUGAGUGUUGCCAAAGAGAUGAUAAAGUUCAAACCGUGUCAUACAGCUUACACCCUGCUAUCAUGUGUCUGCAAGCUUGUGAUCUAUAGGCUGAAUUCCUGCUACUGUACAUACUAACCUACAUCCCAGCACUCUGUCCCAGCAUUGUUUGUGUCCAUUCUCCACUGCUUCCUCUUCCCUGCAGUCCCAGCCCAGAUUAGGAAGCUGAUAUUCAGCCCAGUGCUUUCCUCUCUGAUUUUAUUUUCUCCCUCAGAACCACCGAAACAGAGAGAGGAAGGGAGGAGGAGGAGAGAAGAGGAAGAGGACGAUAAACAUCACAUAGGAGGGUCGGAGGAGGAGGGGGAAAAAAUUGGGAGGGCACAACGUCCAGCUUUCUGCAGCUCACAGAAAAGCAGCUGAAAAGUGAGGCUCAGUCGAGGUCAGUGAUGCUUCAUCAGGACCAGCCUCUGAACUCGUCCUACGGGGGGAAAGGAGGCUCCGACAAUGGCUCCUCCCCACUGGGAAACAGGAAGGGUGACAAAGAUGGCAACUUCAACUUUCUGCCGGGCAAAGACGAUGAAGUCAUCACCGGAAACAAAGGAGGAGGAGGGGAUGAGAACCGGAACCAGGUGCGUCCUCGCAACUUAGGCCCACUCGGUCGGGAUCCUCCAAACUCCUCGCCAUCCACUGGGUAUCACCACAACUCCAGCGUGAUGUCACCGCGCUCACGUCUGCCCUGCUGGAGCCCGCUGGAGCCUCUGCCGGAAAUCGAGUGUGGAGAUGACGGAUUCGGCAGAGUCCCUCCUGAUGGAGCCGAGGAAGGCAGGAUGGAGGAGGAGGUGAGGAGAGUGAUGAUGAGGAGUCAGGAUGAGGAGAAGCAUGGAAAGAAAAGGGAGCAGCAAAGGAGGAAAGGCAAGGGAGAAGAGGUGAAGCUGGACAGGGACGAAUGGGGCGACAGUGAGUCUGAAUCAGAGAUCAGCUACCAGUCCGGCGGCAGCAUGUCCUCUCUCAACAUGGACAGUGCAGGUGAAGGGAUGCUGAUGGGAGGCUGGGACCGAAUCGGAGUUGGGGAACCAAAAUCACCCCUAAAUGAAACCGCCCAAACCAAAACCAGAGGUAGAGAACCAUCCGGAAGACUCAGAAGCACCCAGCGCAAGUCUCUGACCAAUAGCAACUUGGGGAAUCUUCUUGAGGAGGGAAAAGAAGAGCCAGAAGAAGAUGAGGACGACCAGUCCUCAGACUCCGAGAGUGAGCUACCAGAGCUGGUGGACGCCGUGUGGACGCUGCGUGACCGAGAGCACUUCAAAGCCCAGGAGAUGGAGAAGCACCAGGUGCAGCUGACCAUGUACCGCCGCCUGGCUCUGAUCCGCUGGGUCCGCACCCUGCAGAGCCGCAUCCAGGAGCAGCAGAACCGCCUGCAGUCCAGCUUUGAUGUCAUCCUGACGCACAGGAAGGAGCUGUUGCGCAUGGGGGCCGCCGCCACUGUAGCUAACACCACACCACCUGCUGCUGUCAGCCAAUCAUAAAGAGAGAGGAAGAAAAAGACUGAAUGAGAAGUAGUUGAAAACAGCAUUUUUAUUUGUUUAAUUCCAUAUGUCCUAAUGAGAAAAAAAGACUUUACCCUUCUUUUUGUCUAACAGGCUUAAGCUGCUCCUAUGUUUCUGAUUGUAAUGUCACAAAAACUUCAGUUUCUAUACAGGUGACCCACCCAGAGCAUCAAUAAAUGUGGAUAAAACUGAAAACAACCUCAACAUGUAUGACUCGGGAUGUAUUUUGGAUAUGAUGAAUACUGGUGCGAUAAAUAUGAUAUUUAUGUCAAGAAUAUUCUGUGUGUUUAUGCUGUCUUGAUCUGUGUGUAGAAAAACCUGCUGCACCAAAAAAAGUAUUGGGAAAUAAAUAUUAUACAUUGAAGAUGAUUUAUACGCUGAAAUGAUAAUGUAUAUAGAGAGAUAAGACAAUUACAAAGAAUAAAUAAAUACAAUUAUCUUGAAUCU